AUGAACACCCUUUCCCUCCAUUUACUCAUACCGACGGCUAUUCACCUCAGGUCCUCACGCGCCGCCUCGCCGUACUUUCCACGCGCUUCCUCUCCCUCCUCCUUACGCAUCACCUCUUCGUCAAAUUUACGCGCCGACGACUCACAGUCAAUCGAAAGCCAAACUCUAGAGGUCCUAGAAUGGCGCGCCCUCUGCAAUCAGCUCUCUCCCUUCGCCUCCACCUCGAUGGGCCUCUCCGCCACCAAAGCCGCCGAUAUUCCGGUAGGAAAUUCGCCGGAGGAGAGCAGGAGCCUCCUCGACGAGACGGCUGCUGCGCUGGCUGCCAUGGAAGCGAUGGAGCCGCGGGGAUUGGGCCUGUCUGAGAUCCUGGACUUGUCUGAAGUAGUAGAGCGUGCUAUGGCUGGUCAGUUGCUCACCGUUAGAGAGCUCUGCGCCGUACGUGGCACGCUAAUGGCUGCUUCAUCAGUCUUUGAAAAACUACGAAGAGCAGCUAAUAGUGAUAAGCGGGUUACACCUCUUGUAAAGAUACUUGAGGGCUGUGAUUUCAAGACCACAUUGGAGCACAAGAUUGGUUUUUGUAUCGACUCCAACACGUCUGUGAUUCUCGACAGAGCUAGCGAAGAUCUCGAGAUAAUAAGAUCCGAACGGAAGAGAAACAUGGAGAAUUUGGAUUCUCUUUUGAAGAAAGUAUCUACUAAGAUUUAUCGAGCCGGGGGAAUCGACAGGCCCACGGUAACCAAGCGGAGAUCGAGGAUGUGCGUAGCUAUCAGAGCUACACGCAAACGUUUGCUUCCAGGUGGUGUCGUGCUAAGCGUUAGCAGCUCAGGGGCCACAUGCUAUAUGGAACCAAAAGAGGCGGUAGAGCUUAAUAACAUGGAAGUGAGACACGCUUACUCCGAGAGAGCUGAGGAAAUGGCUAUCUUGAGCAUUUUGACUUCUGAGGUGUCAGCGGCACAGAGUGGGAUACUGCAUUUGUUGGAUAGGAUACUACAGCUUGACGUUGCUUUUGCAAGAGCAUCACAUGCAAAGUGGAUGAAUGGUGUCUAUCCGAAACUAACUAAAACAGUGGACAUGGAUGAUGGAGACAUUACAUCUCUAGCUGUAGAUAUUGAUUCUGUGCAGCACCCGUUGCUUCUUGGAUCCGUAUUAGGCAGCAGCUCAAACGGUGGAAGCCUCUUCCCUGUGCCAAUAGACAUUAAGGUUGAAAGCAGAUCCAAAGUAGUCGUCAUCUCGGGUCCAAACACUGGAGGAAAGACGGCUUUGUUGAAGACAUUGGGAUUAAUCUCUCUAAUGUCCAAGUCAGGGAUGUAUUUGCCUGCUAAGAAUCGCCCGAGGUUGCCUUGGUUUGAUCUUAUUCUCGCUGAUAUUGGAGAUCCUCAGUCUUUGGAGCAAAGUCUAUCAACCUUUAGUGGCCACAUCUCACGGAUACGUCAGAUACUUAACAUUGCUUCAGAAAACUCGCUUGUCCUACUAGACGAAAUAUGUAGUGGGACUGAUCCUUCGGAAGGUGUUGCGCUCGCUACGAGCAUCCUACGGUAUAUUAAAAACCGUGUUAAUGUGGCGGUUGUGUCCACGCAUUACGGUGACUUGAGUCGCUUGAAGGAUAACGAGACUCAGUUCCAAAACGCUGCAAUGGAGUUCUCCAUGGAAACUUUGCAGCCUACAUUUCGAGUACUGUGGGGAAGUACCGGCGAAUCAAAUGCGUUGAGAGUGGCUAAGUCAAUUGGUUUCGAUGGAAGGAUAUUAGAGCAUGCACAUGAAUGGAGGGAGAGGUUAAAGCCAGAGCAGGAGGUAGAGCGGAAAGGCUCGCUGUUUCAGUCUCUCGUGGAAGAAAGGAAUAAGCUAAAUCUUCAGGCGAGCAAGGCUGCAGCUUUACAUAGAGAUUUAAUGAACCUUUACCGUGAGCUUGAGCAUGAGUCGCGUGAUCUUGAGAAACGUGAGAAGGCUCUUUUCAAGAAAGAAACACAAAAGGUGCAAGAAGAUUUAAGCUCUGCCAAGUCAAAGAUGCAGAAACUGGUGGAUGAAUUUGAAAGUCAGCUAGAAACUGUUACGGCUGAUGAAUACAAUUCCUUAAUUCUGAAAACCGAAGAGGCAGUUGCGGAUAUAAUCGAAGAUUAUUGUCCUAAAAAUCUCCUAUUAACGGAGGAAGAAGGGUAUACCAGCGACUACUCGCCGCAAGCAGGUGAAAAGGUUAUGGUGACUGGAUUGGGAGGUAAGUUAGGGACCGUGGUUGAAGAGCCUGGAGACGAUGAGACAAUUCUCGUCCAGCAGGGUAAGAUGAGGGUACGCGUCAACAGAAAGGACAUAGCGCCCCUUCCUCGUACCAAAACCACUGAAACACCUAAUCGUUCUCUACGUUCAAAAAGACAGGUAAGCAUGAAAGAGCUAGGCAGUGUGUUGCAGAUGCAUAGCGAACCAGUGCGUAUUCAGACCUCAAAGAACACACUGGAUCUAAGAGGAAUGCAGGUGGAAGAAGCAAUAUACCAGCUAGACGUGGCCAUUUCGGGAAGAGAAUCAGGUUCGAUUCUCUUUAUCAUCCAUGGAAUGGGAACAGGAGUGAUAAAGGAGCUGGUGCUUCAGAGGUUAAGCAAACACAGUCGUGUCUCAAGGUAUGAGCAGGCAAAUCCUAUGAACCAUGGAUGUACAGUUGCUUACAUUAAAUGACAAAAUCUCUCACACUCUCUUCUCUGUAAACAAAUUGUUGACAAGUGUGGUAUUAUAAUGGUCCAAACAACUAGUUUCGAUAGUGAAUUGACAUUCAAGUGUACAAGAAUUUAACUUAAAAUGUGUUUUAUCGAUGUUGUA